AUGCUUUCAUCCCACCAGACUUCCUACUUUUUCAUAGAUCCCCUCGCCGAGCCUCGCAGUCCGCUCACGCCUGGCUCCGAUACAUCGACCCUCUUCGAUUUCGUCGUCGACCCGUCUGCAUCGCCGCCCGAAUCCACCAAGGCUGCCGAUCUCGUCUCCCCCACCGAGACUCUCGCCGAUCGUUCCAACCCUCCUGAGCGCUUCGACGAAUCGGGACUCUCCUCUCGUCGUCUCCAUUAUCUUCAUCGCAUCGAGAAGGUUCUGUCCGAGCUCAAUCCUUUCGAUCUUUUGGCUCACAGCGAAUCUGACUCCGCUUCAGUAAGAACAGCACGCUGCCAGUCGUUCGUCGCAGGGACUCGGCUGGUCGACGCAGUCCCCGACUCUGGCGUCGACAUGCAGACUCCCGCCUCUGGCGCUCUCACCAACGCCAAUUCAUUCUCCCAUGCUGGCCUCCAACCUAUCGACGAAAAGAAUGGUGCCUUCUACGACCCAUCAUCUGCUGAUGGCUACAGCGCGCCGUCCCAGAGCAGCUUGUUGAACGCUCCAUCCCCGUUCGCCACGCCAAGCUCCUCUCACCUGUCUCCGUCUGCGUCUCCUGCACCGGGAGCACAACUAGGUGCACCAAAUGCCUUCCGUGACUACACAGUCAAUCCAAGCCCACAGUCGAGCCCGCAUCUUGGUAAUGUCUCGCCUGCCGCCUCUCAUCACCGCAUCGGUUCGCACAGCUCGGAUGCACAAAGUCCGCCGCAUUUCGGGCAGGGCUUUGCAUCAGAUUUCGCUCUUAAUCAGACACUCGGUCAGAUUGGCCAGAUCAAGCUCGACGAAGACCAACGCUAUCCACCUGUCUUUGAUGACGUCUCGGACUUUGGCGGCUCGCCCGCAUUCCCGCACUCGAAUGCUGCUCAGUCCACAGGCGAUUUCUCUCCCUCGCCGUACACAUCAAUAGCGGGCCCAACGACCGGCCAGCAAGCCACCGCAAGGGCCCCUCAACUCACAUUAGGCAUCCCUACCGUCUCGGUCUCCGACACCACAAUGGAAUUCACCCCCAUCGCCGCUACCGUCGCCUCUCAGGGCGACACCCACAUGCCCAGCAUCAACGUCAUGGCUCCUUCGCCCUCGACACCCAGGGCAUCAGGGCCGCACGCACACGGCGGCGGAUUCCAGGAAGUUCUUGCGCAGCUCCUCCAACGUGCUCAAAGCAUGUCGAACGAUCCUGACGGAUCCGCAAAUCAGCUCGGCAACGGCGGUAACUGGUUGCCUUCGACCGAGUCCAACACGCUGCACAAUGAGCCUUUCAGCUACGCAGAUACUUCUGCUCACAGCGUCGGGUCCCACUUGGGCUCCAAUCUGUCGCAAACGUCCUCGGUCCAAGACUUGUUCCGCCCGCACUCUGCCAGCGGCCGUCUCGUACCAGAAGGCUAUUCAAGCGAGACAAGUGAGAUGAUGUCGACGCUGGCGGGAGGCCCGCAACGCACUACGCCAGUUCACGCCCAGGGCCAAUGGUCGAGCCAGGCUAAGCGUCAGGACUCGUAUGAUAAGAUCCGCCAGUUCCUGCGUCUCGAUGUGGACAUGGGCUUUCAAAGCGCUGGCAGAACCGAGUCUCCUACCCUCGCCUCUUUCCGCAAGCGUGCUAACUCGGAUAUCGGGCCGCGCUCUCCCAUCGUUGCUGGCAACGCAGAAAGCGCGGGCUCGGCAUUCGAUUGGUCCUUUGCUGCGACCAGUCAAGCUGCUGCCAAAACGCAGGCCAAUGGACCGGAAUUCGACUGGUCUGUGUUCAAGGCGGAUCCGGCGCUCUUUUCCAGUAUAACCUCGCAAAUAGAUCCGUCGCAGCUCGCCACCAUGGACCCUUCGCUUCUCAACACCGUAUCUCUCGACCUAUUGCAAGGAUUCGGGCAACAUGACGCUCUCCUGGCGUUGCAGCAGCAGCAGCAGCAGCAGCAACAGCAGCAGCAAGCACAUCAACAGCUUGAGGCACAACAGCAGCCGAUGUGGCCACCCGUGUUCCAGCUCAAUGACCAGAGCAACUCGAUGGGAGGCGCCGAUUUUUCCUCACAGAUUGCGAAUGCUGGGUCAAACGAAUACAACCCGCAGUGGCGCUUCCCAGGCGACGCGACCCAAGCAGCUUCGGGUAGCGGCAGCGGCACGACAGGAGCAACGAGGAUGCGACGUUCCAACAGCGCUCGCCAGAGUGCUUCUGGCGGUCACCGCAGGCUGGCGCAUUCCGAAGACCUCUCACGCAGCCGAAUGUUCCAGGGCGCCGACGAAGAUUUCCUUGUGCAGAUCACCGCUCCUAAUGGGGGUCUGGCUCCUCCGCAGACUGGACGCUCGGUCUCUUCCAGCAACUCUGCCACCGGCAGCCACCAUGCAAUCUCAGGAUCGGCAAGAGUGCAUCCGUACCGCUCCGGUCAUGAUCGCCACUACUCGUUUGGCUCCAACACCACCAGCAGCAGCACCGGAUCCGCGUCACCGCUGCCCCCGAUGGCAGGCGGCUUCGUGUAUGACGGUGCAGGCAAUCUCGUUCAGUACCCGACUGACGCAUUCGGACCUACUGAUGCUACGGGCGGCCUGGACGGGAACGCGGCCAACUCGCCAUCGGCAUCGAGUGUCGCUUCAGGAGCGAGCUCGCAACUGGCGCCGCCGGUGCCGGUCGUAACGAGCCAGGCCACGCAAGCAGCCUCGGCCUCUCGCCGCAAAUCAGAGGCGCUAUUCGCGUGCCCCAUCCCUGGCUGUGGAUCCACUUUUACGCGGCAGUACAAUCUGCGCGGCCACCUGCGCUCGCACGCCGACGAGCGACCGUACAAAUGCGAUUGGCCCGGAUGCGACAAGAGCUUUGCACGCUCGCACGAUUGCAAGCGCCACCAGAACCUGCAUCUCAACAUCAAGCCGCACACGUGCGAACAGUGUGGCAAGACAUUUGCUCGUCUGGACGCGCUGAAUCGCCAUCACAAGAGCGACACGGGUGGUUGCAACAGCGAGAGCCAGUCCAACUCGACGGAUGCCUCAUCUGGCGGUGGCGGUGCUUCCGACUACGGCGACUCAAAUCAUGACUCGGUAAAAAUGGAAGCACCUCCCGGCAGCCAGGGUGCGACACUAUUUAACAAGGGCUUUGGAGGUCAUGUCUUGUAA